CGCUUCGCUCUAUCGCAUCUCCCGGGUCGGCCUACAUCCACCGGAGUCUCUCUCGCUUUACGCCUCUGAUUUACGGCCUGCUCUGGUUGGCAUCUGCUUCUGCAUCUUUGAUAGAACUCUGCUGAGCGGUAUCUGCUGAAUUCGCCCUCAAAUCCUCGACCACUUCUACCUGCGCAUUUCCACCCCCGGAGAACCACCACGAUGUCCUCCGACACCGCCAGUCUGUUCUCAACCUCCGGCGCGACCGUCAAUGGCGACGGUCCGCGUAAACGGGUUCUGCUGCGUUUUACAAAGGAAGAGGAGGUCCAAGUGCGACGCAAAAUCGACUCCUACCUCAUGCCUCUUAUCACCGCCUUGUUCGUGCUCGCCUUCCUCGACCGAUCAAACAUUGGCAACGCUCGCAUCGCGGGCUUGCAAGAUUCCUUGAACAUGUCAUCGAACCAGUUCGAUUGGCUGCUGACUGCGUUUUAUAUCUCGUAUAUCUUGUUUGAGUGGGUCGGAUUUCUGUGGAACGUCGUCCCCGCGCACAUCUACGUGACGAUGUGUCUCUUUGCAUGGGGUUUCAUUGCAUCGCUGCAGUCGGUGGUCUUCAACUACUACCUCUUGCUCGUCCUUCGGUUUUUGCUUGGAAUUGGUGAAGCCAGCUUUGGCCCCGGUGUUCCGAUGUACCUCUCCUUCUUCUACCAGCGUCAAGAGAUUGGUUUCCGCACCGGCAUCUUCAUGUCCGCCGCCCCACUGUCCACCGCCUUUGCCGGAAUCUUGGCAUACAUGAUCACCAGUCUGGCCGACCAUACUCCGAUCGACUCCUGGCGCGUGCUGCUUUUUGUCGAAGGUAUCCCUUGUAUGUUUAUGGCGUGCAUUGUGUGGAACUAUCUCCCGGAUCGUCCGUCGUCGGCGUAUUUCUUGAACCUGAAGGACAAGAUCAUCGUGCGCGCGCGUCAUCGUCGUCGUGUCGAGAUUGACGGCGAGCAAGUUAGCCACUCUGGGUCUCACGGGUUCAAGCUUGAGGAGGCGCUUGAGGUUCUGCAGGAUCCUAAGGUUUACGUGACUGCCGCUAUGUUUUUCCUGGCAAAUAUUGCAUACGCCUCGAUGCCGGUGUUUUUACCUCUAAUUCUUAGAGAUAUGGGCUACGAAUCAGUCACCGCGCAGGGUCUAUCGGCACCACCCUACCUAGUUGCAUUCAUCUCGGUCUUGCUGACGACUUACCUCUCCGACAAGCGCAAGUCUCGCGCCGAAUUUAUUGUGUUCCACGCAUCUAUUGCUUCCGCCGGCUACCUUGUGCUUGCAAUCUCGCGCGACACCUUCACCCGCUACUGCGCGAUUUUCUUCGUCGCCUCAGGUUUCUUCUCCGUCGUCGCCUGCGUCAUUGCAUGGACUGUCAACAACCAGUCCUCAGAGUCUGGCAAGGGUACCGGCAUUGUGCUGCUCAACACGAUCGGACAGUGUGGUCCGCUGAUUGGAACCCGCUUGUACCCAGAGUCCAAUGCGCCGUACUACGAAAAGGGAAUGAUCAUUUGCUCGCUUGCCAUGUUCUUCGUGGCUGUGUUUGCGAUCUUCCUUCGCCGUCAUCUCGCGAUGCUUAACCGUGAGAGCUUCGCAAGCGAGCGCUACCACCUCGUAUCUGAGGAUGGCACCGAGGCCGCCGUUCCGUCGAUGGCAGACGACGACGAAGAAGAAGAGUACGAGGAAGACGACGACGCGGACGAGGAGUCUGCGCGGUACGAGCUUAUUUCGGCGCGGGAAGCUAGAGCGCUGCGCGAGGUGCACGGGUUUGGAAUCGACAUCCUCGACGACGACGGUAGCGUUGAUGCGAUUCUGAAAAACGGGCAAAAAUUGAUUGCGCGCAAGAAGCAGCAGAAGUUCAAGUACAUGCUAUGAUGCCACCGUACAUUUCAAUAGUGCAUUUUAUAUACAUCUGAUGGCGGCGAUAGAAAGCGUCUUUUUUGGUGUGUUUUGAGAUCUGGUUUGGAAUAAUGUGUUUUUUGCUUUCUUUUUCUUUUUGUCGAUUGUUUGGAACAAUAAAUUGUAUUAGCAUUGAA